UUUCCUUUCUCUCUCCCACCUUUUACUCCUUUCUCUCUUUUUCUAUUGUAUUUUCAUACAUUUUUCCCUUUUCUACCAAAAUGCUGCAGCAGCUUCCCCCCAAAAAGGGGGUUCUGAGAGGCAGAAGGAGGCUAAAAGGAAGAGGAAGUGGAUGCAUGGCCCCUUUGCCCACUUUAGCUCGCCACUGUACCCUGAAGUCUCAUCCUUACCCCCUUUAGACUUACUUACUCCCUACAUCCCCCUUACACCAAAGCCUACCAGCCACACUCUCCUUCCUCUGAGCGCCACGUUUUAUGCAGUUUCUUUCUACUUUUGAUUUUUUUUUUAAUUACUGGGGUGGGGGAAUCCUGGCUUAGUGAUGAGGACUCACUCCAUGGAGGGUCAAAGCAGGAUUUCCUGCAGGAUUUCUGGGGAUUCCCCCCCUGAGCUGGGAAGGGGCUCUUCCCAUGGAGAAAUCGGGGUGUAAUUUUAGAAGGGGGAAGAUACAAACGAUAAAAUCGGAUCGAAAAUAGAGGGAUUUCUCCAGCCCUGGCUCUAGCCACAGCACAGUAAAGUUAGCUGGAGCUUAGAGAUUUCCUAGCAGUGUAGCCCCUCUUUCCUGGGCCCCAAGGCCCUGCUAAUGCAUAUUCACCCUUCUCUCACCUCCAAAUCAGUUCCCUAACAUAUAUAUUUUUAAAAGAAAUCCAAGUCUUACUUUCAAAGCACACACUUAGUCUCAACUAGGGAAUCAACAGAAGCAGAAGCGAUUUUUUUCCCCCUUCUUGACAUCUGGCUUGCGAUUGGCUGGAAGGGGGUCAGCUGACUUUGUCAUUUUGUCUGUCCUGGAUUGGAGCCGUCCCUAUAACCAUCUAGUUCCGAGUACAAACUGGAGACAGAAAUAAAUAUUAAAGAAAUCAUAGCCCGACCAGGUAAAGGCAAAGGGAUGAAUUCCUACUUCACUAACCCUUCCUUAUCCUGCCACCUCGCCGGGGGCCAGGACGUCCUCCCCAACGUCGCCCUCAAUUCCACCGCCUAUGAUCCAGUGAGGCAUUUCUCGACCUAUGGAGCAGCCGUUGCCCAGAACCGGAUCUACUCGACUCCCUUUUAUUCGCCACAGGAGAAUGUCGUGUUCAGUUCCAGCCGGGGGCCGUAUGACUAUGGAUCUAAUUCCUUUUACCAGGAGAAAGACAUGCUCUCAAACUGCAGACAAAACACCUUAGGACAUAACACACAGACCUCAAUCGCUCAGGAUUUUAGUUCUGAGCAGGGCAGGACUGCGCCCCAGGACCAGAAAGCCAGUAUCCAGAUUUACCCCUGGAUGCAGCGAAUGAAUUCGCACAGUGGGGUCGGCUAUGGAGCGGACCGGAGGCGCGGUCGCCAGAUCUACUCGCGGUACCAGACCCUGGAACUGGAGAAGGAAUUUCACUUCAAUCGCUACCUAACGCGGCGCCGGCGCAUCGAGAUCGCCAACGCGCUCUGCCUGACCGAGCGACAGAUCAAAAUCUGGUUCCAGAACCGCCGGAUGAAGUGGAAAAAAGAAUCUAAUCUCACGUCCACGCUCUCAGGGGGCGGCGGAGGGGCCGCGGCCGACAGCCUGGGCGGAAAAGAGGAAAAGCGGGAAGAGACAGAGGAGGAGAAGCAGAAAGAGUGACCAGAACUGUCCCUGCCACCCCUCUCUCUCCUUCUCCCUUGCUCCCCCCCAAUUCCCUCCUAAUCACACCCUCUAUAUUUAUCACUGGCACAAUUGAUGCGUUUUGACUCCCUAAAACAAAAUUAGGGAGUCAAAUAUGGACCUGAAAGUCAACUCUGGACCCCUCCCUCACCGCACAAACUCUCUUUCACCACGCGCCUCCUCCUCCUGCUCCCUCGCUAGCUCCUUUCUCGGCUCCUCUGCAGGCCCCUUCCCCCGCCCAGGCCUUGGGGGCUCCGUCCCUGAACCUCGCUUCAGCUCCACAGAUCUCCUUACAAAUGAAGACUUGGCCUCCCACCCCCUCGGCGCCCCCACCCCCGCCCCUGCGCGGAGAGCUGGCUCCCGGGGCCGGGGCCUCCGCUCCGGGGCCUCAGGGCCCGGCCUGGCAGCCGGGGAGGGCGGGAGGCCCAAGGAGAGCGCGUCGUGGCCCCACAGCAACCCCCAGGGCCUCCCCACAGCCCCUGCCCGGCCCCUCUGCCCCAGCAAAUGCCCAGCCCAGGCAAAUUGUAUUUAAAGAAUCCUGGGGGUCAUUAUGGCAUAUUACAAACUGUGACCGUUUCUGUGUGAAUAUUUUUAGCUGUAUUUGUGGUCUCUGUAUUUAUAUUUAUGUUUAGCACCGUCCGUGUUUCAAUCCCAUCUUAAAAGGGGAAAAAAAAGAGGGAAAAUUACAAAAAGAGAGAAAAAAAAAGUGAAUGACGUUUGUUUAGCCAGUAGGAGAAAACAAAAUAAAUUAAAAAAAAAUCCCCCUCGUGUUACCCUCCUGUAUAAAUCCGACCUCUGGAUCCGUUCUCGAAUAUUUAAUAAAACUGAUAUUAUUUUUAAAAGUUUAUAUUGGGAUUUCUGUUAAUUCGCUCGCCCGCCGGCCUGAGGUGAAAGUUGGAGCAGGCUCCGAGCGCUCCCGCGUCCGCCCGCCGCCUGCAAGCCCCCAGCCCCCUGCGCUCGCCUUUCCCGGGAGCUGGGCGCAGAGCCGGGGCCUCCCCGCUCUCCUGGUGGACGUGCUGGGGGAGCUGGGAGGCCUCUCUGGGCUUCCCAGCGGAGCAACACACUCACCCCGC